AUGGCAUCAGCUUGUAGACUUGCUUCCAAGAUGGAGAUUGCACUGGGGAUACGCUUCUCCCAGACAUUACAGCUUGAAGCCAAGGCAACAAGCCUUGUUGCAACACAGAACCCAGAAGACACCGUAUCUGUGGCCUUGAAACAGAAUGAUGAGUUCUAUAAACACGAAGGGCAUAUUUGUAAGAAAUGCCCUGCAGGUCAUUCUGUCUUACAACACUGCACGAGUUCAGGAACUGAAGGGGUUUGCCAACCCUGUAAAAAUCAUACAUUUUCCAAAUACCUGAAUGCUUUGGACAGAUGCCUCUCCUGCACAGAGUGCAGACCUCUAGAUGAGGUGGUGCUACAGCCAUGCACCGCAACCAGUGAUACCCAGUGUGCUUGUAAGAGCGGCACCUUCUGCUCCCCUAGCCUUCCAUGCGAAUCAUGCCAUACAUGCACAACCAGGUGUCCUGAUGGAGAAACAAUGGUUCAGCCUUGUACCCCUGAAAGUGACAUGCGGUGUGUCAAGGCCCCCGGUCCAGCGGAUGCAACCUCGCAAACUCCUGCAGCAGGUUCCAAUGGACAUAUACUUUUGAUUUUGGGUAUUCUGUUUUGUGUCGCUCUGGUUGUUGCUGUUACUGUUGGAAUUUGCAAGUGCCGUACUACAGACAGCAGAACAAGAUCUGUAGCAAGUGUGUGGGACUCCAAGACUAUCCGAAGACUGCGGCGAAAAUGUACUCAUGGACCCCAGGAAGUAGAGGUCUUGUGCAAUGUGCAGGUUGACCAGAGGAUCCGAUUGUCUUCACUAGAACAUGCCAAUUCCAAUGCAAGAGGAUCUGAAACCACACCUCUGCAAACAACUGGCUCUUCAGAGGAGGUUCAGGUCUCUACAGAGCAGAGAAGGAAUCUGGUUCCUGCAAAUGGGAAGGAUCAAAUGACUGCUUUGCGCCUGUCUUUUGACACCUUUAUUAAAGAGGUUCCCUUGAGGGACUGGAAGAGAUUCAUGAGGGCCCUCGGGUUGCUGGAAAACGAUAUUGAUGCUAUUGCUUUGGUGCAUUUCGGAGAUAUGAAAGAGCAGCACUUCCAGAUGCUACGGACCUGGCACGACAUGAAUGGGAAGGGGGCCUCUUUGGGCUCUUUGCUGGAGGCGCUCUGUAACAUCGACCUCAAAGGCAUUGAGGAUAAAAUAAGAGCUGCCCUGAUUACCCAGGGCCUGUAUGUCCUUGAAGAGUGACUUUGAUACUCAUGUGAAGCUUCCUCCUUGCAAGCUGUUCUUGUGAAGCCUCUCUAAAAACAGUUGGCUUAGGGGUUUCAGCCUGGAGGAGAGUGUUAUUCUUCUUUAAAGCUAUAUACAGUUUACUUUUGAAAAGACUCCAGCUGGCUGAAAGAGCUUGU